GCGACCCACUUGCCGUAAGAGUCACGUAAAGACGGGGGAAUGCCACCUUUUGCAGGCGUUUACAGGAACCCGCGCCUUCUGGCGUAUUCGUGACGUCAAAGCUCUCAGGCCUUUAUAUUUCAGCCCACAGGUUAACUCUUUCGUCUAGAUACUUUUUAUCAAUUCGCACACAGCAAUUUGAACAAGAGAAUAUUAUAAGCAGAACCGGCGCAAAGACGACAUGUCCUCAAAGGCACCCUCAAAACAACCCACCCAGAAACCCCAGGACAUGGGUCGGCGUGAAGCGGACACCCAACCUAACCUGUUCAACAUGACAACGACUGGAGAAACGGUCAUGCAGCAAGCGGACGAUUCGAAGGGUCCGAAAAGGGAACCACCGAGGGCUACGCUGACGAAUAUGACAUCGGAAGAUGAUGAGCAGAUCUGGGAGAAGGCGCCUUGAAGAGACAUAUGUGAUGAGAGCUUGUGCACUGGUGCAUUUGUAUCGAGCAUGUAAAUAAAUGAGUUGCUUGCAAGUGCUGGA